CAUGGACUCUUUGUGAAUGAUUUAUUCAAGGACCUACAGAGCGGUCAUCUGCUGAUCAAACUCAUCGAAAUCCUUUCCGGUCAGAGCCUGAGCGUCGAGUACGGCCUUACACGGGUCCAUUGCAUCCAAAACGUCCAACGAGUUCUGGAGUUUCUUCAGUAUCGAAAGGUUCGGAUUGUGAAUAUUCGUCCUGACGAAAUAGUCGACGGAAAUCCUAAAUUGACACUCGGGUUAAUCUGGAUCAUCAUCCUUCAUUUCCAAGUAAGUGCCAAUCCAAAUCCCUCGCGUGAACUACCUGUACAAGCACGUCACGUGACAUUUGCAUCCCAUGCACCCAAUGCCAAGAAAGAGUACACUCUAUCAGACCUGCUUUACAUAAACUGCGGGACCAACACUGCCAUGGAGAACCUCGUUCCAGAACAUUUGGGAGGCAUAGGCAGUCGGGUGAUUUACCAAGACGGUGGCAGCGGUUCAAUGCUGAGUUUGGGUGUGUUGGAUGAGACCGCGGGACGAAAUCUCCUGGCUUGGUGCCGGGCCGUGACUGCGGGCUACCACGGAGUCGAUGUGAGGGAUUUCUCCACCUCAUGGAGUGAUGGUCGUGCCUUUCUUGCCAUUAUUCAUCGAUACAAGUAA